GUGGAAUUGAUCUAAACUAAUUCACAUGUACGCCAACUUUUAUUAGGAGUGAGAUAAAUAAGCGUUUUCAUGACUAAUCCCGAUUUACAUGCGUUAUUAACGUCAAUAUCCAGAGUUUGAUCAUUAAAUCCAAUAGUUUUUACUGCACUCUUCAAUCUGCUCCGUCCUAUCUUCACGGCUGUCUCCCGUUGCGGGGUACCCAUGAUUCUUACUAGGUUCUACGGCGUAUCCCGCACCCUUGUCCUAACCGAGAACAUGGCUAAGAACGUCUGUAUCAUCGGCGCUGGUCCAUCAGGCCUUGUAGCAGCGAAGACUUUUCUACACGAUGUAUCCGCGGGCUCAUAUAACGUCACUAUCUUUGAGGCUCAGUCCCGAAUCGGCGGGCUAUGGCCCACAAGCAAGGACGAUGCCGACGGUCUCGUACAUCCACUUAUGGUAACUAACCAGAGUAAACAUACCGUCCAGUUUAGCGAUCUUGCUUGGCGAGACAAGGAUCCGCAAUUUCCCAGGGCAUGGCAAGUCGGCCAAUAUCUAGAACGAUAUCUAGACAAGUACGGAGGGGCUCAUAUUCGACUUGGACAUAAAGUUGUAAAAGCCGAUUUACAGAGCGAUGGUUUGUGGAAGGUAGAAACCGAGUCUGCUGGAAUAUCUAAGACCGAUGUAUUUGACUAUUUGCUGGUGACCACCGGCUUCUUCGGGGAACCCAUAUGGCCAGAAUAUGUGCCGAAAGAUGCGGAUGUGCCGAUUAUUCAUAGCAGCAAAUAUCGAGACCUCAAGAGUCUCAUAGCAAAGACAAACAAUCCCGGAGGCAAGAUUCUUGUCAUUGGAGGGCAGAUGUCAGGAGUAGAGAUAUCUGCCACCAUCGCAACACAUCUGUCAUCUGCCAUUCAUUCACCCGGAGAGAAGGUCAUCGAAGAACUAGACAAAUAUUCAAUACGCCACAUCGUUCAGCGACCUUCGUGGAUCUUUCCGCUAUACACUUCUCCAAAUCCAACUUCUUCAGCACCACCCUUUCUUCCGUGCGACCUACCUUCAUACAACCUAGCUAAUAGGCCCCACCCUCUAAAAAAUACCCAAGGGCACAUAAGCGUCGAAACUGCACGAGUACUCAACUCUAUAUAUCAAACAGCAUUGGGUACCAACCAAUCCGAAUUCUCACCAGACACCAAGAUCGACGGUAAUUUAGUUGAAGAGCAGCCAUUCCUAGCUAUGAGCCAAUAUUAUAUUGACUUCGUACGAUCAGGCUUUAUCAAAGUCAGCAAGGGCAAAGUAUCAUCACUCUCUGGGGACACUGUCACUAUCUCUGCAAACGAACAGAUCUCCGAUAUAGCCGCCAUAGUCUUAGCAACAGGAUUCGACCCGUCCCCCUCUUUAUCCUUCCUUCCCCCUUCCGUACUUGAGACCAUCUCUCACUCUCCCUCGCAUCCUAACCUCCCCGUCGCCCUCGCCUUCCACGGGACACACCAUCCCUCCCUACCAACCCUGGGUUUCGUAGGCAUGUACCGCUCGCCGUACUGGGGCGUGAUGGAGAUGCAAGCCCGCUUCAUGGCGCACCUAUGGACAGCCCCUAACUCCACACCUCUCCAAAACGCCCUCGCAGCCGACAACAGCAUUGCACGAACGCUAUCUCUGCGCACAGACCCACGCACUUCCCAAUUCCCAAUGGGUGACUACGCCUUCCUGAUGCAAGACUUCGCCGAAGCCCUCUCCAUCCCAAUCAUCCCCUCCGGUCCUACCCCACCCCUUAGCAACGGCAAAUCCAUGGACAUCCUCACUCCAGCACGGUACCCCUAUCCUCCGGACCAGAAACAAUCACGGCAAGAAGAAGUAACGGCGAGCCUACGCGCGACACAAGAAACCGCAGUAGCAGGGCUCUCCCACGCGCGCUUCGUCGCCGGCGCCGUAUUCCGCUCCCUCCUCGGCUCAUGGUGUCUCUCAAGAACGCUAAGCUCACGCCUACCCUCCCACCCAAGCGGGCGCUUCGUCGGCAUCGCGCGUUUCCAUCUCCGCGAAGGGACUAGCGACGGGCUAUCCAACGCCCGCAUCUCCUCCGCUGAAGCGGGGUUAGGGUUAGGGUUAGAGUACUUAUAUGAGGAAGACGGGACGUUUACAGCGCGGGAUAAUCCGGGACUUUCAUUCCGCGCUACGAGGCGGUAUGUGUGGAGAUACGAUGAGCUGGCUGAUAAGAUGAGUGUGUGGUUUGCGCGGACGGAUGAGCAGAUGCGGGCGGAUUACUUAUUUCAUGAGGUGGAGUUUGAGGUUCCUUCUGAUAAUGAUGGGGACGGCGGAAAUGAAGGGAAGGGGUGGUUUGCGAAGGCCAGUCAUUUAUGUAUUGAAGAUUUGUACGAUGUGCAUUAUGAGUUCAAAUUCAAUGCUGUGAAUUUGAAGGAGUGGAAGUUGGGGUACACGGUUAAGGGGCCGAAGAAGGACUACAUGAUUGAUGGUGUUUAUACCAGGUGAGGAGGGAAAGCAAUGGCGGGUAUGGAUUGGGUAGAUGGGUAAUUAACUGGGAGUUAAUCUGAGGAAAUAAUUUACGCAAAGGUAUCAGCUGUGAAC